AAUCGGCGCUGAGGGGUCUGAGGGUGACUCAUUGCCCUCCUGGCCCAUAAAUAGGAGCGGGGAGCCCGGCAGCACCUAGAGCAGACAGCGGGGACCAGCACAGCCAGAGCCCUCCUGCCACCAACACACCAUGGCACUCCUCCUCCUGGCCCCGCUUGCCGUGGGGCUGCUGGCUGUCUCCUGCUGUGCAGCCCCUCUCCAGGGCAAGCCACAGGCAGUUGUCACCUUCCCGGGGGAUCUGGUCAGCACCCUGCCGGAUCUGCAGCUGGCAGAGCGCUACCUGCUGCAGUUUGGCUACACCACGGAGGCGGAGGCAAAGACCGGCAGCAGGCACGUGUCCCUGGGCAAGGCACUGCGCAAGAUGCAGAAGCAGCUGGGCCUGGAGGAGACGGGGGAGCUGGAUGCUGCCACGCUGGAGGCCAUGCGAGCUCCCCGCUGUGGUGUCCCCGACGUGGGACCCUUCCACACCUUUGAGGGGGACCUCAAGUGGGACCACAUGGACCUGACGUACCGGGUGAUUAACUACUCCCCUGACCUGGACCGUGCCGUGAUCGAUGAUGCCUUCAGGCGGGCGUUCCAAGUGUGGAGCGAUGUGACCCCCCUCACCUUCACCCAGAUAUACAGUGGCGAGGCAGACAUCAUGAUCAUGUUUGGCACCCGAGAGCACGGGGAUGGAUACCCCUUCGAUGGCAAGGACGGGCUCCUGGCCCAUGCUUUUCCCCCGGGCCGGGGCAUCCAGGGUGAUGCCCACUUUGAUGAUGACGAAUUCUGGACGCUGGGAAAUGGCUUAGUGGUGAAGACCCGUCAUGGGAAUGCCAAUGGUGCCGAAUGCCACUUCCCCUUCAUCUUCGAGGGCCAGUCCUACUCCCAGUGCACCACGGAGGGGCGCAAGGAUGGGCUGCCCUGGUGUGCCACCACUGCCAACUAUGACCGGGACAAGAAAUACGGCUUCUGCCCCAGCGAGCUCCUCUACACCAACGACGGCAACAGUGAUGGGGCCCCCUGUGUCUUCCCCUUCAUCUUUGAUGGCACCUCCUACGAUACCUGCACCACGGACGGGCGCUCCGACGGCUACCGCUGGUGUGCCACCACCGCCAACUUCGACCAGGACAAGAAAUACGGCUUCUGCCCCAACCGAGACACGGCGGUGAUCGGUGGCAACUCCCAGGGGGACCCGUGUGUCUUCCCCUUCACCUUCCUGGGGCAGUCCUACAGCGCCUGCACCAGCCAGGGCCGGCAGGAUGGCAAGCUCUGGUGUGCCACCACCAGCAACUACGACACCGACAAGAAGUGGGGCUUCUGCCCUGACAGAGGUUACAGCAUCUUCCUGGUGGCUGCCCAUGAGUUCGGGCACUCACUGGGGCUGGACCACUCCAGUGUGCGCGAGGCCCUGAUGUACCCCAUGUACAGUUACAUCCAGGACUUCCACCUGCACCCCGAUGAUGUCCAGGGCAUCCAGUACCUCUAUGGUCGUGGCUCUGGCCCUAAGCCCACUGCACCUGCCCCCACUGAGGAGCCCCAGCCCCUGCCCACGCAGGAGCCCCAGCCAGUGCCCACAGAGGAGCCCCAGCCCCUGCCCACGGAGGCUGGCAGCACCUCCACCACCGAGGAGGAGGAGGAGGAGACGCCGGAGCCCACAGCUGUGCCCAUUCCUGUGGAUCCCAGCCGGGAUGCCUGCAUGGAGAGGAACUUUGACGCUAUCACCGAGAUCAACGGGGAACUGUAUUUCUUCAAGGAUGGGAAAUACUGGACCCACUCACCCUUCUGGAAAUCGGGCGUCCAGGGCGCCUUCUCUGUUGCUGACACCUGGCCUGGCCUCCCGGCCACCAUCGAUGCUGUUUUCCAGGACUUGCUCACCAAGAGAGUCUUCUUUUUUGCUGGUCGGCAGUUCUGGGUGUUUUCUGGGAAGACUGUGCUGGGCCCCCGGGGGAUCGAGAAGCUGGGUAUAGGGAAGGAAGCCAACCGCAUCUCGGGGGCCCUGCAGCGGGGCCGUGGCAAAGUGCUGCUCUUCAGUGGGGAGAACUACUGGAGGCUGGAUGUGAAGGUCCAGAGGGUGGAUAAGGGCUACCCCCGUGCCAUCGAUGACGUUUUCACUGGUGUCCCCCUUGACUCACACAACGUGUUCCUCUACCAAGACAAGUACCACUUUUGCCGGGGUGACUUCUACUGGAGGAUGACACCGCGCUACCAAGUGGACCGGGUGGGCUACGUCAAGUAUGACAUCCUGCAGUGUCCCCAGCACUGAGGGCCCGACCAGCCACUGGCUCAGCCGGCGCUGCUCCCUGCUCACCACUCCCAACCCGCGGGCUCCCAUUUCACAGGCUGACCCCCCAGGGGCCUCCUGGCUGUGGCCAGCCGCAGCCAAGGAAGGGGCUUCACCAUGUCCCUGGUAGGAAAGGACAGGGGGUCCUGGGGUCACCUCUUGGGAGCUGCCCAGUUCAGGGAGCCCCAGAUGGGGAGCAGGACUCUUGCCACAGCUGGCAUCGUGUCACCCCUGCCAGUGCUGGCUCCACAGCACAGAGGCGUUUGCCUGGUGCAAACCGCACACGGAUUUGAGACAAAUUUGUCUUUUUCCUGAGCCAGUGAUGCCAGAUUGGGCUGAGCCCCACUGGGAACUGGCGCCUGGGUUCACACUGGGGCGGGACAUGGGGGUCUGACCACUCCUGCCCGCUGCCCACUCCACCAACCACCUGCUCUGCCAACCACCCGCCCAUUUGUAAUAAAGACAAUUCUUUGGA